GUUCAGACUCAGCGAGCGUGGAUCGAGAGAACUUUCCAGAAGAGAGAAUGUAUCCAGAUUACUCCCGGAAAAGACCCCAGCAGGUGCGGUUGUGGUCAGCUGGUGUUACAGCACACCCCCACCCCUCCCAGAGAGGACUCCCUGUCCCCGCUGGACGUCCCACCCCCCGAGAGAUGGAGUCCUCUCAAACACACCCAGACCUCGUCCACCGACGCCUAUGGGGUGGUCGAGUUCCAGGGGGGGGGGCACGUCAACAAGGCCAUGUACAUCCGGGUGUCCUACGACUCGAAGCCGGACCACCUGCUGCACCUGAUGGUGCAGGAAUGGCAGCUGGAGCUGCCCCGGCUGCUGGUCUCCGUGCACGGGGGCCUGCAGAAUUUCGACCUGCCCCCCAAGCUCAAGCAGGUGUUCGGUAGAGGACUCAUCAAAGCCGCCGUGACCACCGGAGCCUGGAUCUUCACCGGGGGGGUCAGCACCGGAGUGAUCCGCCACGUCGGGGACGCUCUCAAAGAUCAUUCGUCGAAGUCCAGAGGGAAAGUCUGCGCCAUCGGCCUCGCGCCCUGGGGCAUCGUGGAGAACAAGGAGGAUCUCAUCGGCAGAGAUGUGACGCGUCCCUACCAGACGAUGUCCAACCCGCUCAGCAAGCUGUCGGUGCUGAACAGCAGCCACUCCCACUUCAUCCUGGCCGACAACGGGACCAGCGGCAAGUACGGCGCCGAGGUGCGGCUCCGCCGGCAGCUGGAGAAGCACAUCGCCCUGCAGAAGAUCAACACACGUCUGGGUCAGGGCGUCCCGGUGGUGUGUCUGGUCCUGGAGGGGGGUCCAAACAUCAUCUCUGUCGUGUUGGAGAGUCUGAGGGAGGACCCCCCGGUCCCGGUCGUCGUCUGUGACGGCAGCGGCCGCGCCUCUGACAUCCUUUCCUUUGCACACAAACACUGUGGGGAAAACGGGUUGCUAAGCAACACCUUCAAAGAUCAGCUGCUCGUUACCAUCCAGAAAACCUUCAACUACAGUCGCAGCCAAGCUCAGCAGAUCCUCCUCCUGGUGAUGGAGAGCAUGAAGAAGAAGGGGCUGAUCACGGUGUUCAGGAUGGGCUCAGAGGGACAACAGGACAUCGAGAUGUCCAUCCUCACCGCUCUGCUCAAAGGGACCAAUGCGUCUGCGUCUGAUCAGCUGAGUUUGGCUCUGGCCUGGAACCGAGUGGACAUCGCUCGCAGUCAGAUCUUUGUGUUCGGAAACCACUGGCCGCCCAUGAGCUCUCUAACCAGCGACCGGCCCAAGAGUCCCGCGGCCCAGCGCGCACCAGCAGGGGGCGCCGGAGGGAAGGGGAAAGCCCGUGGGAAGAAAGGAAAAGGAGGAAAAACCAAACCUGAACCGCCGGAGGAGACGGACCCGAGAAAACUGGAACUGCUCAGCUGGGUGAACUCUCUGGAACAGGCCAUGAUGGACGCCCUGGUGUUGGACCGCGUCGACUUCGUGAAGCUGCUGAUCGAGAACGGCGUCAACAUCCAUCACUUCCUGACAAUCCCCCGGCUGGAGGAGCUCUACAACACGAAGCUGGGCCCGGCCAACACACUCCACUUUGUAGUCCGAGAAGUGAAAAAGGGGAACCUCCCCCCCGACUACCAGAUCACGCUGAUUGACAUCGGCCUGGUGCUGGAGCUCCUGAUGGGUGGAGCGUACCGCUGCAACUACACCCGCAAGAGCUUCAGGACACUGUACAGCAACCUGUACGGCCUCAAGAGACCGAAAGCUCUGAAGCUUCUUGGGAUGGAGGACGACGAGCCGCUUGCGAAGGGGAAAGGGAAGAAGAAGAAUAAGAAGGAAGAGGAAGUGGACAUCGACGUGGACGACCCCGAGGUCAGCCGCUUCCUGUACCCGUUCCACGAGCUCAUGGUGUGGGCCGUGCUCAUGAAGCGCCAGAAAAUGGCGCUGUUCCUAUGGCAACGCGGCGAGGAGGCCAUGGCCAAGGCGCUGGUGGCCUGUAAGCUCUACAAGGCCAUGGCCCACGAGUCCUCUCAGAGCGAGCUGGUGGACGACAUCUUCCAGGACCUGGAGGACAACUCCAGGGAGUUCGGCGCCCUGGCCUACGAGCUCCUGGACCAGGCCUAUAAGCGAGACGAGCAGGUGGCGAUGAAGCUGCUGACGUACGAGCUGAAGAACUGGAGCAACUCCACCUGCCUGAAGCUGGCGGUCGCCGCCAAGCACCGUGACUUCAUCGCACACACCUGCAGCCAGAUGCUGCUCACCGACAUGUGGAUGGGCUGCCUCCGGAUGGGCAAGAGCAACAGCCUCAAAGUGAUUGUAGGGAUCGUCUUCCCGCCUGCAAUCCUCCUCAUGGACUUCGGUCUUGGAGACGAAGCUUCGGAGCAUUCCAGACACAACGAAGACGACAAAACCAGAGACGACGACAACAAAUCCAGCAAGGAUGGUGUAUCCAACGUGGACGCCAUGUCAAAGAAAGGAGACGAAGAAGAAGAGCAGAAAAAAACGAGGACUCCCAUCGGGAAGAAGAUCUACGAGUUCUACAACGCUCCCUUCACCAAGUUCUGGUUCAACACGGCAAGGAGAUAUAUUGUAUAUGUAUAUAUAUAUAUAUAUAUAUAUAUAUCAUUAUGUGAUUGGCUGCCUUGACCCUUUCUCCCAGUAACGCGCUGUGAUUGGCUGCAGAUCCUGAUGUCAGAGCCGGGGAAGCUGAAGCAGAAGAUCAACGUGUGGCUGGAGGACUACUGGAACAUCACGGACCUGGCGGCCAUCUCGGUGUUCCUGCUGGGGCUGCUGCUGCGGCUGCAGGGCGAGCCGUCGCUAGGCUACGGCCGCGUCAUCUACUGCGUCGACAUCAUCUUCUGGUACAUCCGCGUCCUCGACAUCUUCGGAGUCAACAAGUACCUGGGCCCCUACGUCAUGAUGAUCGGCAAGAUGAUGAUUGACAUGCUGUACUUCGUGGUCAUCAUGCUCGUGGUCCUGAUGAGCUUCGGCGUGGCGCGCCAGGCCAUCCUGCACCCUGACGAGGAGCCCACCUGGCGCCUGGCCCGGAACAUCUUCUACAUGCCGUACUGGAUGAUCUACGGCGAGGUGUUCGCCGACUCCAUCGACCUUUACGCGAUGGAAAUAAAUCCUCCGUGUGGAGACAACCUGUACGACGAGGACGGAAAAAAGCUCCCCCCCUGUAUCCCCGGGGCCUGGCUGACCCCCGCCAUCAUGGCCUGCUACCUGCUGGUGGCCAACAUCCUGCUGGUCAACCUGCUGAUCGCCGUCUUCAACAACACCUUCUUCGAGGUGAAGUCCAUCUCCAACCAGGUGUGGAAGUUCCAGCGGUACCAGCUGAUCAUGACGUUCCACGACCGGCCCAUCCUGCCCCCCCCCCUCAUCAUCCUCCCGCACGUCUUCAUCGCCCUGAGGGGGCUCUGCUGCCGGGGGGGCCGGGUGGGCCGCCGAGGGGGGGGGGACGGGGACCGCCACGACCGCGAGAGGCGCCUGCAGCUGGUCCUGAGCCCCGAGGAGCUGAAGAAUCUCCACGAGUUCGAGGAGCAGUGUGUCGAGGAGUAUUUCAGAGAGAAAGAAGACGAGAAACAGUCGUCCAACAACGAGAGAAUCCGAGUCACGUCUGAGAGGGUGGAGAACAUGUCUAUGCGUCUAGAGGAGGUGAACGAGCGUGAGCACUCGAUGAAGGCGUCCCUGCAGACCGUGGACCUGCGUCUGUCUCAGCUGGAGGACUUCUCUGGACGCAUGGCGACGGCUCUGGAGAAACUGGCCGGGGUGGAUCACGCCGAGCUGGUCCAGUCCCGGGGAUCCUCAGUGUCUGAACCGGCGGCUCUGCAGCGGCACAGCAGCCUCGGCAGCGCAGACGGAUACAGCCUGUACCGGUACCAGCUGGACCACGAGGACCGCGGGUCUGUGGCCGGGGACAUGGAGGGGACAGACAGGAAGUUACCACCCAGUCCAGAAAGAGCGGCAGGAAACCCGACAGGGGAAGUGAAGGAGUUUGGCUCGACUCUAGAGGUGCGAGGACGGACGGAGAGGACGCCAUCUCUGUCCAGCGUGGACAUCCUGAUCUCGCCGUGUGUCCCCGACCGCGUCCCCGCUGUAGAGAAAGCCCGUCUGGAGGCGGCGGCGUCCUUCCCUCUUCAGAGGUCAAAGGUCACGCAGCAUUCAUCAAUCCCGAGCAUUGGCGCCGCCAACAGGAAGUCCAUCAGUGCCCGCGGGUCUCCCAACGAAGGAGCAUUCUCGCCGCCCGGGGGGGAACGGCAGGGGGAGGAGCCAUGGGAGGAGGACAAGGAGUACCCCACACUGCGCUCCAAGAGUCUCCAUGGCAACCCGAGGAAGGCGAGGGAGAGCGAGGAGCCGCGGCGCUCGGCUGGCAGCGUCACAGACCUCAGACCCGCGGAGCACUAG